AUGAAGACCGACUCGGACAAGUGCGAAUACAUCAAGACGACGGAGAAGAACUUGCCCGUGUUCAUGGCCACGACCGUAUUUCUCUGGAUGAUUGGGCUGUUUCAUUCCCCCGUCCUUAGGUUGAUGUUGUCUUCGAAGAAGGAUCGAUUGGAGUUCGGCACGGUGACGGGGAUAGCCAAAAAGAUCUCUGCCGAGCGAUAUGGCCCUGAUAGAAGAGUCCAGAGGGAUAUAUGUUAUGUUCCUUCGUCGCCCACGGCCUCACCCAAGAGGCGGCAGGAUCCGAGAUGCUGCUCCAGACCUCAAUCUGCCCCUGGCCCUUUUUUCGUAAAAAUAUCAUCAGAAUCUCACAGACCCCAGAAGCAUCGCCGGCUCCGACACAACAGCGACAGCCAACCGCGCCACGAUCCUCCCCAUCACCACAAGCCCCCGCGUCCACACCAGAUUGCUAGCAAAGAUCCUGCAGAGAUCCUCUUUACCACGAACGCAACCACCACGCGCCGCCCCAUCAUUGCCGACGCCGAGGCCCGCAACUUCCCCUACCUCCAGGCCGUCAUCAAGGAAGGACUCCGCAUCUUCCCGCCCGUGGCCGGUCUCAUGGCCAACGAAGCGCCCGCGACGGGGGACACGUGGAACUGUGCGUUCAUACCGGACGGGACCCGCGUCGGUUUGUCGGCAUGGGGCAUGUUUCGCCGGGAAGACGUGUUUGGCGCCGAUGCGGGCGAGUUCAGGCCGGAGCGGUGGCUUGUUGAGGGUCAUGGCGGUAGAACUUCUUUGGAGCUGCUGCGCAAGAUGGAGGCAAUGAUUCAUUUGCUGCUUCGGCGAUUUGAGUUCACCGUCUGCGACCCGCUGCAUCCGUGGAAGAAUUUCAAAUGCGGCAUUCACGUGCAGUCUGAGUACUGGAUUAGGGCAAAACGAAGAGAGUGA